CAAGCGACAUAAAUUUCUGAGUUCGGGCACUGGAUUGUAAUGGAGUUCACUGCAAUUGAUUUUUAGAAGUUGAGAUUAUAGGUGAACUCGAUUCGUAAAGACCCACAAAUCGUUAGUGUUUACUGUAGGGAGUUUCCGGAUAGGCUUGGAGGUUGCUCACAUUCCCGCACGGUGCUGUUGCCGAUCAGCCUGACGUUCCCCAAAUGGCAUCUUCCGAUGGCAAGUCAGACCAGCAACCGGAGAAUUUCCGCUACUACCAGAUCUAUGCCUCAGAGGAUGGUACAACGCAUUUCAAAUCGUGCCAGAUGCAUGGCUUUGAGUUGAAGAAGUACGCUGAGGAUUCGCAGUACCAGAGGUCGGACUUCGGGGGCGAGACUACGAAGCUCGUGUUCACGGAGUUGGCGCCUGGGCUGGAGCAGGACCUUCAUUGCUGCCCGGAAGUUCAGUUUGUGGUUACUCUCUCUGGGUCCUGGUAUGUAAAGACGAGCGACGGAACUAAGCACACCUUCAAUCCAGGAGAUGUGUUGUUCCAGGACAAUACGAAAACAUCCCCUGCGUCCAACAAACCGCAGCAUUACUCAGGAGUUGUGGGCGACAAGCCUUGCCAGCAGAUGAUUGUGCAGAUAUCUCGAACUCCUGAGGUUGAUAACCCCAAUCCUUUCUGAAAAUCCCCUAGUCCUAAUUCUCUCUGUGAUUGAGGUUACUGAGGCACAUGCUUUGUAUUCGACUUCAUGUGCUACAUGUAGUGUUACUUUAUUGUAUAUUGCCUUUGUUGAUGUGAAUAUGUUUCGCAUAUUAUCACAGUCUGCCUUUCGAAGAGUUCAGGGAGAUGGUCUAUUGUUUGCAUAUCCUUGGGUUUAGGAAGAAGAAGGUUCUGUACCUUUUUCCAUCCUGCAACAGUGAUGCUCCUGUGCCUUGUAGUGAUAGGGUGUGUAGCUUAGUUCGUAUGUCCUUGAAAGCUCAUAGAUCGCUGUGAGAUGGAGCGGUGAGCCAUGUUAUUGCAGAAUGUGUAAUGCAAAUCUAGCACUAUUCUUCUUAUCAA